AAAAAGAAUUGAAAAUAGCUGAUAAACAACGCCUGCUCCUCAGAAAUAUACAGAAUUGUACAAAGUUAAGGGAAAAAUGCCAAAAUCCACCGUUGCCCAAGACGAGUGGGCUCACAGAUGGCGCUAUAGGUUGGAUGCACAGCAAACCACCAUCCUUGCCUCGGAGUUCUUAACCUUGGUGUACCUGUUCAGCAAAGAUGAAGAUGAGGCUGGACCAACGGACCCCGGCCAAUCUUUGGACAAUUCUCAAGGUCACUGUUCAGGUCACUCUGGCCAAGCUGCAGGACAAGGCAAUAUGACGGAUGGCAAUGCAAGCUUCUUGCGGGCUGCACGUGCUGGUAACUUAGAGAAGGUCUUGGAAUAUUUGAAAGGCAGCACAGACAUUAACACCAGCAAUGCUACGGAUGGCAAUGCAAGCUUCUUGCGGGCUGCACGUGCUGGUAACUUAGAGAAGGUCUUGGAAUAUUUGAAAGGCAGCACAGACAUUAACACCAGCAACGCUAAUGGCCUCAAUGCUCUCCAUCUUGCUUCUAAAGAAGGUCAUGUGAACAUAGUAACAGAGCUUCUGAAGAGAGGAGCAAAUGUAGACGCUGCAACCAAGAAAGGGAACACAGCCCUCCACAUUGCAUCUUUAGCUGGGCAGGAAGAAAUUGUCAAAAUCUUAGUACAACAUGGGGCCAAAGUUAAUGUACAAUCACAGAAAGGGAACACAGCCCUCCACAUUGCAUCUUUAGCUGGGCAGGAAGAAAUUGUCAAAAUCUUAGUACAACAUGGGGCCAAAGUUAAUGUACAAUCACAGGAUGGUUUCACUCCUCUUGCCGUAGCUCUCCAGCAAGGUCACAGCGAGGUUGUGGAGGUUUUACUGGAGAAUGACACACGAGGCAAGGUAAAACUGCCAGCACUUCACAUCGCUGCCAAGAAAGAUGACACAAAAGCGGCAGCUCUUUUGCUACAAAAUGACCACAAUGUAGAUGGCGUUUCGAAGAGUGGUUUCACUCCCCUCCACAUUGCUGCUCACUAUGGGAAUACCAACGUAGGCACCCUCCUCAUCCAGAAAGGCGCAGACUUGAACUUCAAAGCAAGGGUAGGUGGCAGCACAGUCAAAUAUUGUGGUGAAGAAUGUUAA